AUUCAAAUCCGACCCGUUUAACCCCCGCGCAUCCUAUCGAGCGCGACCCUCAAAAUGUCGAAACCCGCAGAACGUACCCGCGACUGGGCCGAAGAAGAAGACGAAGACACCCUCGCCCUCCCGCAGCCCACCGUUACCAAAAACAAGGAUGGCACCGAGACCAUCGUUUCCUACCGCAUCGACGAGAACGGCAAGAAAGUCAAGACCACCCGCCGCAUCAAGAAGACCAUCGUCAAGCAGAUCGUGAACCCGCGCGUCGCCGAGCGCAAGCACUGGGCCAAGUUCGGCGCCGAAAAGGGCAAGCCCGCCGGCCCGCAGUCCGACACCACCAGCAUCGCCGAAAACAUCGCCUUCCGCCCCACCAUCGGGUUCCGCGCUGGCGCCCAGGAGGAGAAGUCCGAGGAGCAGAAGAAGGCGGUCCUCAAGGACGCGAAGAUCAAGUGCCGUAUCUGUAGUGGCGAGCAUUGGACCUCGAAGUGUCCCUUCAAAGAUACCAUGGCCCCCGAGGGCGAUUCCGGGCCCGGUUUGGGGGAUUUGGGCGUCGACGAGGCACCGGCAGAGGGCGGGUUAGGAGUGGGUGGGGGCGGCUAUGUGCCGCCACACAUGCGGAAGGGAGGCGCGGGUGCUGGAGAGCGGAUGGGCGGGAAAUUCGAGCGGGACGAUCUGGCCACGCUGAGAGUCACCAACGUCAGCGAGUUCGCCGAAGAGCAGGACCUUCGGGAUAUGUUCUCAAGGUACGGUCGGGUCACGAGGGUGUAUCUGGCGAAGGACCGCGAGACCGGCCGAGCCAAGGGGUUCGCGUUCGUCAGCUUUGAGGAUCGUCUGGAUGCGGUGAAGGCGUGCGAUAAGAUGGAUGGCUUUGGAUUUGGUCACUUGAUUCUUCGUGUGGAGUUUGCGAAGAAGUCGACUUGAGCAGGGAGCGUUUUCAGUGGCUACGGCAGGAUAGAAUGACGGUUCGAUAUCGCAAUCGCGGAUUACUUUGACCAUGGAUCAUGAUAUUACCAUAGCUAGAAGUGCAAAAGGCAUGAUGGGUUCACAAAAGAGCCAAAUUCUUACGCCGUUACAUGACGGCAAUAUUCCAACUACCGG